AUGUCUGAUUUAACUUCUGGGGAUCUGGAAUUUCAACAUCCCGAUGACGAGUUUGAAGAAAUCGAUGGAAUGGAACAUUUUCAAAUCUCAUCACCCAAACCACAAGAUACAUCUUCUAAUACGCCGCUAAAUGAACGAUUCAAGAGAGCACCAAGUGAGUGCGGUAAUUGUGGAGCGGCAAAAACAGCAGGCACAUGUAUCAUCGCCGAAGCAGCCGAUUGUAACACCGUUUUCUUCUACGUCGAUCCCUCAUUUAGCUAUGGGAUUGAUGGAAAUGGGUGUAAAACGGUCAAGGUGACGUGCCAAGGAGUCGAGUAUGUGUAUGGGGCGACAUAUCUCGCUGAUGGAGUCACUCCAGCUAAGGGUCCAUCUGGUGAUCACAAUGGAGCCACUGGUGAGUUGAUCACCUUCAGCGAGACGUACACUUGUGCCGCCGAUGGGACGUGGGCACCGUCGAAUGGGGAAUUCUCUUGUGAAACGUACACUGUGCCACCAAAAACCACCGCCGCAACGACAACGACAAAUACCGCUUCGACGAAAGUCACCGCAACAACAGUCCCCGCGAAAACAACUGUCACCACUACCAAGAAAACGACAACGAAAACGACGACAAAGACGACGAAGAAGCCAACGACAAAGACGACAAAGAAACCCACGACGAAGACGACGAAGAAGCCAACGACAAAGACGACGAAGAAAACGACAACGAAACCAACAACAAAGCCACCAACUUGUUGCUCAGCUACAGGCACUUGGACGGAAUGGGUGUCACAAGGACAAUGUCCCGAUUAUUGCGGAUCGUGUGGAAAGCUCACGCAUACGAGAACCUGUACCUCGAAGGCUAAAGGAUGUCCUUGCAAGGGUGCUGCACAAAAAGUCGAAUAUUGUAACACAGGAGUGUGCAGUUUCCCCCGAAAAACCUGUUGCCCAGGGAUGAAAACCGGAGUUUGGAAUAACGAGAACGCGUGCGGGCCUUUGCCAACGCGAACAGUCGAGCAACCAAGUUUCAACAAUUGUACAGAAGGUUGUUGUCCAUUGAAAGGAAUCUGGAGUGAUUGGAUCGAUGUCGGAAAUAUUCAACCGGGUGGUCAAUCGAGAAAACUCGUUUGUGGCAUGUGUGCCACACAGAAACAAACACGCAAAUGUUUAUCGUUGAGUUAUGGAUGUAAAUGCGUUGGAUCGAGCGAGCAAACGAUUGCACUCACCGAAAUCCCGUGUGUCUUUCCGAAUCCAACUUGUUGUGCUCCGUAUGUAAAGAAGUUAAAUGGAGUGAAAAAAGCGUACACUUGUCAACUGCCAACAACCACGCCAACGCCAGCAAUUGAAACAACAAAAUGUUGUCCUUCUAAUGGAAACGGUUUAUGGAAUGAUUGGGGUUUGUGGGGAACGUGCACAAAAAGUUGUGGACUUUGCGGAACUCAAACGAGAAAGAGAACAUGUGCAUCGGGAAGUUACGGAUGUCCAUGCCGUGGCGCUGCUACUCAAGCACAAAAGUGCGGUAAUCCGAGUUGUCCAUCUGGAGUUGCAUGCUGUGCUGGAUCAUCGCCAUCAGUGGCUUAUGAUGGGACAAAGUUUUGCAAAAAGGCUAACACAGCGUCAAAAUCGUGUAAAGGGAUUUGGAGAUCGUGGUUUGAUGUAUCCACAUGUACAAAGAGUUGUGGAAUGUGUGGUGUAAAGAAGCAGAAACGAUAUUGUCUUCCACCUGGAUGUCAAUGCAGCGGUUCUUUCACUCGACAAGUGAAAUGUGGAUCAGUUGUUUGCCCAAAUGGGAUUUCAUGUUGCGCUGGUUACUCAAAGAAAAUGAAUGCCAUCACAAAGAAAUACACUUGUCAACCAGUC